CAUAAAUUUUAAAAAAUUAAACAAGCCUUACCUGUAAGGUGAAGUUUGAUUGUGAUUCUCAAACAAAAAGAGUGUAUUAAGAAGGUGGAAUGAGAAGAAUUCAAGAGAGAAAAGGUCAGAUUCAUUGGAGACGGCAAGUCAGGAAGCAGAGUUGGUUAAUAAGGAUGAGGUGAGGGCAGCCAUGAAAAAAAUGAAGACUGGGAAAGCAGUCGGACCAGAUGGUAUCCCGAUUGAGGCUUGGAGAUGUUUGGGUGAGACAGCUGUGGAGUUCCUAAUGAGAUUGUUUAAUAAGAUCCUAGAGAAUGAGAAAAUGCCAAAUGAAUGGAGAAAGUGUGUGCUAGUCCCAAUAUACAAGAAUAAGGGAGAUGUACAGAGCUGCAGUAAUUACAGAGGGAUAAAAUUGAUGGACCACACCAUGAAGCUAUGGGAAAGGGUAUUGGAGGCGAGAUUGAGAAGAGAGGUAGCAAUCUGUGAACAGCAGUAUGGGCUUAUGCUCAGGAAGAGCACGUUGGAUGCAAUUUUUGCUUUAAGAAUGUUCAUGGAGAAGUACAGAGAAGGCCAGAGAAAGCUACAUUGUGUUUGUAGACCUGGAGAAGGCAUACGAUAGAGUGCCGAGAGAGGAGUUAUGUUAUUGUAUGAAAAAGAGUGGAGGAAUGAGAAGUAUAUUAGAGUGGUGCAAGACAUGUAUGAGAACAGUGAAACAGCAGUGAGGUGUGCGGUUGGAAAGACUGAAUGGUUCAAGGUGAAGGUGGGACUCCAUCAAGGAUCUGCUUUGAGUCCUUUCUUGUUUGCCAUAGUGAUGGAUAGCUUGACGGACGAAGUGAGGUAAGAGUCGCCAUGGAACAUGAUGUUUUCGGAUGAUGUGAUAUGUGGUGAAAGUAGAAAGGAGGUUGAGUUGGGUUUGGAGAGAUGGAGAUAUGCAUUGGAACGAAGAGGAAUGAAGGUGAGCAGUAGCAAAACAGAAUACAUGUGCAUCAGUGAGAAUGGGGAUGAGAGUGUAGUGAAGAUGCAAGGAACAUGAUGUUUUCGGAUGAUAUUGUAAUAUGGUGAAACUAGAAAAGAGGUUGAGUUGGGUUUGGAGAGAUGGGGGUAUGCAUUGGAAUGAAGAGGAAUGAGUAAACAAUUGAACUGUAUGCAACGUUGCCUCACGACAAGCAUCCUCAGUGUCCUCUGUAUAAAAGGAAUCCUCAAUUUAACCCAAGCAAUUCUGUCCAUACUGUGUUCCCAAAGUAGAAAAAAAGGCUUCAACACCUUGGUAAAAAUGCGAGGGUGACUGAUCAACCCCAUGCACAGGGCUCUCAACUGAAAUGAUAUGCAGGAGCAUGCAGUGUGAAGAAUACAUAGAUGCCAAAAGAGAGAUGCAUGUGAAUUGGAUGAGGUAUGUGAAUUGUACCCGUAACGAUGAAGAACAGAAUCUUGUGGCAUUUCAGUAUCAAGGGGGAAUUCUGUAUCGUUGCUGUCGACCCAUUAACCCAGGACAGGAGCUCUUGGUGUGGUAUGAAGAGGAGUACACCAAAGAACUUAGUCCUGUACCUACAGGAACAGCCAGACAGCAAGAAGUAAAGAACACUCUGCUGCAGGUGUUUUCCUGCUCCACAUGUCCUCGUUCCUAUGCAUCUCAAAUUGACCUCGACAAACACAUCCAGAGAUGCCAUUAUGAAGAAUAUGUGAGACUUUGGGAAUCAAGAGAGUUUAAAUAUGAACUUCAAAUCCCCUCCAAAUGCUCCAGUAGUGAGCCUACAUCAACUGAUACUUUCAGUUCUGACACAUCACAUAAUGAUGUACAGAAGGGAAUUCACCACUGCUCAGACGGUGGAAAAAGUUUUGGUCAUCAGAAUGCACUCAAGACAAACCAGCGCCUUCACACAGGAGGAAAUCCACAUUACUGCUCUCAGUGUGGAAAGAGUUUUGCUCGUCGGAGUGAUCUCCAAAAACACCACCGCAUUCACACAGGAGAGAAGCCGUAUCACUGCUCACAGUGUGGAAAGGGUUUUGCUCGUGGGAGUGAUCUCCACAAACACCAGCGCAUUCAUACAGGAGAGAAGCCGUAUCACUGCUCACAGUGUGGAAAGAGUUUUGCUCGUCGGAGUGAUCUCCAAAAACACCAGCACAUUCACACAGGAGAGAAGCCGUAUCACUGCUCACAGUGUGGAAAGAGUUUUCCUCAUCAGAGUGAUCUCCAAAAACACCAGCGCAUUCACACAGGAGAGAAGCCGUAUCACUGCUCACAGUGUGGAAAGAGUUUUACUCGUCAGAGUCAUCUUCAGCAACACCAGCGCAUUCACACAGGAGAGAAGCCGUAUCACUGCUCAGAGUGUGGAAAGGGUUUUGCUCAACAGAGUAAUUUCCAAACACACCAGCGCAUUCACACAGGAGAGAAGCCGUAUCACUGCUCACAGUGUGGAAAGAGUUUUACUCGUCAGAGUAAUUUCCAAACACACCAGCGCAUUCACACAGGAGAGAAGCCGUAUCACUGCUCACAGUGUGGAAAGAGUUUUACUCGUCAGAGUGAUCUCCAAAAACACCACCGCAUUCACACAGGAGAGAAGCCGUAUCACUGCUCACAGUGUGGAAAGAGUUUUACUCAGCAGAGUCAUCUCCAGAAACACCAGCGCAUUCACACAGCAGAGAAGCCGUAUCACUGCUCACAGUGUGGAAAGAGUUUUACUCGUCAGAGUGAUCUCCAAAAACACCACCGCAUUCACACAGGAGAGAAGCCGUAUCACUGCUCACAGUCUGGAAAGAGUUUUACUCAGCAGAGUCAUCUCCAGAAACACCAGCGCAUUCACGCAGGAGAGAAGCCGUACCACUGCUCACAGUGUGGAAAGACGUUUACUUAUCCUGUUACAUUUAAGACCCACGAGUGCAUCAAGUUAGAGACAUUGCAUGAUUUAAAGUUGUCAAAUUAAAUAUGGUUAUUAGUUAUUAACCUGAAAAUGACCCGUACUUUGAACUUGGUUUGUUAUAAUGACCAUUUUUUUAAAAUGUAACCUUAGAGAUGUUUAAAAUAAGAGUGUUUGUUUGUUUGGUUUUUUUUGUUUUUCUUUUGAUGUUAAGUAGUCAUUAAUUACCACUGUACAAGUCAUGAUUUAACUGAGACACUGUUUUCAUUGUAGUACUGCAGUAUGAGACUAAUUGUUAAGGGAAUUAUUACUGCUCAGGAAUUUAAUGUACUAUGUUUAACAGGAAUGUGGAUCAAACCAAUUGAGGUAUGUAGCAUUUUAAAUGAAGCUAUAUUUAUCAGCCUCACCGACCUGGUGGAGGAGAAGGUGUCAGUUAUUUAUAAUGAUGAUCUCAGCAAUAUACAAAAACCUGAACAAAAA